AUGGACAAAGAAAUGUAUCGGUUCGUUAUAGAUACUGUUAUCACUGCAAUACAUGCAUACGAUAAUGAUCAUAAAAAGAUGAAAGUAUUUAUUAAGGAGAAAUUGGAUCAGAAGUAUCCUCCAAAUUGGCAAUGUAUCAUCGAUUAUAAUUUGAACAGUUUGCCUCCGGAACCAGCUGAAUACCUUAUCCUCUUCAGAUGUCAGGAUAUUGACUAUUUCAUUUUUAAAACAAAUCAGAUGUGA